AGAUGUCUCGGUCUCAAGUAUCAGAGCCCUCAGUACAGCGACUGGGACAAACAGCGAGUCCCUGCCCUGAGCUUCAGCAGGACACUCUUAAAGACACGCAACGUCAACCCCAAGAGACACGAGAGAGGCCGUUUUUGUCAGUGUUAGAUGAAACAGAGGAAGAAAUAGGACAGCAGGGAUAUAGUGGGUUUCGAUGUGUUCUACCUGAAAAGGCUGCACCAUGACCCAACAAGGGGAAGACGAGGACAAACUUGCGCCUGUCACUGAAACUAAACAGUCCUCGGUGCAUUUCCUACGAGAUGUGGUUUUUCAUGGCAAGUUUGAGCUCCUCAAAUCGGUGACCCCAGAGGAGAGCACCUGUUACCAGAAGGGUCUGUACUUCGAGGAUGGUCAGAGGAGAGUGGAUUAUGUACUCACCUACAAUCUGAAGAAAACAUGUGGCAGCCGCAUGAGCAGAUAUGUGCCACACAUGCACACUGACAAUGCCCUCACCCACAGCUCCAAGAACAAAGACAGAAACACUGCUCGGCCAGGGCAGAAAACUUCCAUCGCUGGGUUUGGAUGGGAGCUGGGGUCACCGGGAGAAGACGAUAAGAUCCUUCAGAGAGAGGACUUUGAAUCUAAGCUCAGAGACAUGGGGCUGGAGCUAGAGAAAGAAGAGAAUGGUAAGGUCCCAGGAUUGGGUUUUGUAAAAAUUCAUGCUCCCUGGCAUGUUCUGUGUCGAGAGGCAGAGUUCAUGAAGCUAAAGAUGCCUACCAAAAAGUGCUACGAAGUGAAGCGGUCCAGUGGUUUUGUGGAGAAGCUCAUGUCUUUGGCCAGUAAAGUGGUGGAGCCUCUGCACCCCCAUGUGGAGGAACACCAACCCAAGAACGUCAAGUACCUGUCACACACUUUCUCCAGAGAGAAAUCACAUCUGUUUGAUCUUUCAGACAAAGACUGCUUCUUUGACAGCAAAACAAGAAGUUCAAUUGUUUAUGAAAUUCUAAAAAGAACUAAAUGCAAGGCAAAGUACAGUAUAGGUAUAACAAGUCUGUUAGGUAGAGGUGUGUAUACAGCAGCUUACCCUCUGCAUGAUGGUGACACAGAGGAGUAUGCAGAGCCAAAUGACAGAAAACUUCUGUACGAGGAGUGGGCAAACUACAGUGUAUUCUACAAGUAUCAGCCCAUUGGACUGGUGCGAAAAUAUUUUGGAGAGAAGAUUGGCCUUUACUUUGCCUGGUUAGGGCUGUACACACAGAUGCUGAUCCCAGCAUCUAUUGUGGGAGUUAUUGUUUUUCUCUAUGGCUGUGCGACAGUCAAUGACAACAUACCAAGUAUGGAGAUCUGCCACCCAAAGAACAACAUCACCAUGUGUCCGCUGUGUGACCAGGUGUGCAGCUACUGGAAGCUGAGCUCAGCUUGUGGCACGGCCCGAGCCAGCCACUUAUUUGACAACCCUGCGACCGUCUUCUUCUCUGUGUUCAUGGCUUUGUGGGCCGCUAUGUUCAUGGAGCACUGGAAAAGGAGGCAGAUGAGACUGAAUUAUGAAUGGGAUUUAACUGGGUUUGAGGAUGAGGAGGUUGGUCUGAAGGAUCAUCCUCGAGCUGAAUAUGAGUUUAAGGUAAUGCAGAAAUCAAUGAGGAAAGAAGAGAAAACUCCACACAAGCUCACCUGCCAAGAUCGCUUCCCUGCCUAUAUGACCAAUGUUGUCAUGAUGUUGUUAAUGAUUGGUGUCACCAUUGCCAUUGUGUUUGGUGUGAUCAUCUACAGAAUUUCCACCAAAGCUGCACUUUAUAUGAGCUCCAUCCCCAUGUCUCGAAACCACAUCCAGGUGACGGUGAAGACCACAGCGGCCAUUAUAAACCUGGUGGUCAUCCUCGUCCUGGAUGAGGUCUAUGGAGCGGUGGCCCGAUGGCUCACUGUGCUGGAGGUGCCAAAGACUGACAAGAGUUUUGAGGAACGACUCAUAUUUAAGACCUUCGUUCUCAAAUUCUUUAAUGCUUUCACUCCCAUUAUCUACAUCGCUUUCUUCAGGGGGAGGCUGGUUGGCAGACCGGGAAGUUACUUGUAUGUGUUUGAAUCAUACAGAAUGGAGGAGUGUGCUCAUGGAGGCUGUCUGAUGGAGUUAUGCAUCCAGCUCAGUAUCACCAUGUUGGGAAAACAGCUCAUUCAGAACAAUCUGUUUGAAAUCGGCAUACCUAAAUUAAAGAAGCUGAUCCGGUACAUUCAGUCAAAGCAAGAAUCGUAUCAAGAGCAGGACAAACAGAAAAAGCUACAGAGAUAUGAAACAGACCAUUUUCUGGAACCGUUUGCAGGAUUGACACCAGAGUAUAUGGAGAUGAUCAUCCAGUUUGGUUUUGUUACACUAUUUGUGGCUUCUUUCCCUCUGGCUCCAUUAUUUGCUCUCCUCAACAAUAUCAUUGAAAUACGGCUUGAUGCAAAGAAAUUUGUGACAGAGUUGAGAAGACCCGUUGCAGCAAGAGCCAAAGAUAUUGGUAUAUGGUACAACAUACUUCGAGGUGUUGCAAAAGUGGCUGUAAUCAUAAAUGCUUUUGUGAUCUCCUUCACCUCGGACUUCAUACCUCGGAUGGUGUAUCAGUACAUGUACAGCCCUGAUGGCUCAAUGCACGGCUUUGUCAACCAUACUCUCUCCUAUUUUAAUGUUAGCCACUUUCAAGAAGGAAAAGAGCCCAUGGAUCCUAUGCGCCUUGGGUAUCCAGUGGACAUUUGCAGGUAUAAGGACUACAGAGAACCACCCUGGUCAAGUACUCCAUAUGAUAUCACUAAAGAAUUCUGGGCUGUGCUGGCGGUGCGACUGGCCUUCGUCAUAGUUUUUCAGAAUGUUGUGUUGAUAAUGAAUGACAUUGUGGACUGGUUAAUACCUGACAUACCUAAAGACAUCAGUCUCCAGAUACACAAGGAAAAGAUUUUGCUGGUGGAACUGUUUAUGAAAGAAGAACAAGUGAAAAAGUUCACUGAAGAGGAGAGACUGAGGCAACUCCAUAAAAGAGGAAAUUAAAUAUAAUGUGAAAACUCAAGCUGUGGGUUUGAGCAAUGACAACUGUACAGAGCUUUGCAUAAGAGAUAAGUAUGUAACAUUAUGUCCAAUUGUCAAACAUUCCAACAUGUGUUUUUUUAAAUGUAUGUUUUUGACACAGCAGCAGCCUUAAUCGACCAAAAUGCUUUUCUUUUUAAAGGCCAUGAGUCUUAAUUGUUUCAAAGAGAAUGUCUUUAAUGUGUAUCUAUCAUGACAAAUGAUCUACACAUUUUAAACUCAUGAACCCAUACUGCUCUCUUGAACAGGUGAAAUUGCAAUACUGUAUGUUUCUCCACAAACAUGAAGUGGGGAUUUGUUACAUAUGCCAUUUAUGUCUUUUUUUUUUUUUUUUUUUUUAUGUUUUCUUGCUUCUGUAGAAAUAGGCCUGUGUUAUAAUUAUCUUUGCAAUCAUUGCUUGUAAUUUUAAUUUUACUUAAAAGCAGAAAUACGAACGUAUACAAUGUGUAAUAAAUGUGUAAUACUGAGAAUCAGUCUUCGAUCAUAACCGACAUAUUGCUAAUUUAAUUUCAUUCAGCUGGGCCCCACUAGAUGGCACUAUAUGACAUGUUACUGUAUAAAAGGCUGCCUUUUCACAUGAAGACAGAACUCAUGCUCA